AUGGAAGUCGAUAUGCAGUUUCAUAAUACGUUGGUCUACCAUGCUUUCAAACCGAAUCGAUUUACUUCUCAACCCUGUCAAGUAGCAAACAUGGCGGCCUUUGAACCCAGCAAGAACCGCACAAUUCAGAUUCUCCAGGCGGCAAAGGCUGGAAAUUACGGUGUGCUUGCUGCCAUUUCUUACAACAUUGAGCAUCUUACAGCUCUUGUACGUGCUGCUGAAGCGAAGCGAUCACCAUUGAUCUUGCUACUAUUUCCUUCAACAGUUGAGCAGCUGCCGACAUUAGCGUGGGCAGCUGCUGCGGCAGUCAAAUCAGCAACGGUACCACUAUCUCUUCAUCUGGACCAUGCACAGAAUGAGGCUCAGAUCAGAGAUGUCGCCGCCAAGCUUCCUUUUGAUUCCAUCAUGGUUGACAUGAGCCAUUACGACCAUGAGGAAAAUCUUGCCAAGACAAAGGUACUGACAAGGGUUUGCCAUGAGCGUGGGAUUGCAGUUGAGGCUGAAAGUGGUCGCAUCAAUGGUGGUGAAGAAGGAAUCGCUGAUACUGGUGACCUGGAAGCCCUAUUCACAACUCCUAGCGAGGUAGAGGACUUCAUCGCUGCAGAAAUUGACCUCCUCGCCCCUAGUGUUGGAAACAUUCACGGCGACUAUGGUCCUGCGGGGCCACAACUUGACUAUGAACGGCUCUCGGCUGUAAACAAGCAGAUCGAAGGGCGAGUUCUCAUGGCUCUUCAUGGUACAAAUGAUUUCAGCCAAGAGGUCAUGAGUAAAUGCAUUAGUAAUGGUGCACUCAAGCUUAACGUCAAUAAGUUGUUAUUGGAAUCCUGGAACGAGCACUUGAAGCACAAUGCCCAUAAGCCGUUGACGCAGUUAAUGGAUGAUGGUAUGGACAUUCUGCAAGCUGAAACAGAACGCUGGAUGGAUUUCUGUGGAAGUAGUGGUAAAGCUUAA